AUGAGAAAUCACACAAAGGUAACAGAGUUUAUUCUUCUCGGGUUGACCGAUGACCCAAAGUGGCAGGUUGUACUUUUCAUAUUUCUCCUGGUCACCUACAUGUGCAGUGUGACUGGGAACCUGGUCAUUAUCUUCCUCACCCUUACGGAUCCCCACCUGAAGACUCCAAUGUAUUUCUUCCUUCGAAACUUCUCAUUCCUAGAAAUGUCAUUCACGUCUGCCACAAUUCCCAGAUUCCUUGUCACUGUUGUGACGGGAGACAGAACCAUUUCCUACAAUGACUGUCUGGCUCAGGUAUUUUUCGUCAUCUUAUUGGGGGUGACAGAGUUUUACCUCCUGACCGCCAUGUCCUAUGACCGCUACGUGGCCAUCUGCAAACCUCUGCAUUACAUGACCAUCAUGAGCACCAGAGUCUGCAUCCUCCUUGUCUUUAGCUCAUGGCUUGCAGGAUUCCUGGUCAUCUUUCCACCUGUAAUUCUGAUGCUGAAGUUGGAUUUCUGUGCCUCCAAUAUAAUCGAUCAUUUUGUCUGUGACUCUUCACCAAUUAUACAGCUUUCUUGCACAAACACUCACUUUCUAGAACUCAUGGCAUUUGUUUUAGCGGUGGUAACGCUUAUGGUCACCUUAACCCUAGUUAUGCUCUCCUACACACACAUCAUCCGCACAAUUCUGAGAAUUCCUUCCACGAGUCAAAGGAAAAAAGCCUUUUCCACGUGUUCCUCCCACAUGAUAGUAGUCUCCCUCUCUUAUGGCAGCUGCAUCUUCAUGUACAUCAAGCCUUCUGCAAAGGAAAGGGUGAGUUUAAACAAAGGCGUAGCUGUGAUCAUUACCUCAGUGACUCCCCUCCUCAAUCCUUUCAUAUAUACCUUAAGAAACCAGCAGGUGAAGCAAGCCUUCAAGAACAUGGUCCACAGAAUGGUCUUUUCUUCAUAUAAAUGA